CCUACUGGCGAUUUCCAAAUAAAUCGGUACCUAAGCCAAAAAAAAAAAGAAGAUACAUAUUCUGAAAACAAGUGCUAAAAACUAAGUGAAUCGCGUUUAAAAGGGUGCUCAGCGAAAAACGAAGUGUGCGAAUUGCGAUGCGACGCUCGCCCGGGUGAUCCCUGUGCGCCCAGGUUCCGCUCGCCACCCGAAUACAAAUACAAAUACAAACAACGGGCGGGGAGGCGCAGGAAAAGGCUAGGCGGACAUCCAAGGUGCUCCACUACUCGACUGCUGCACUGCAUCACUGCACCUGCAUCCCUGCUCCACGGCGCACAGAAUGUUCUCCGGAGCCAGCGGCCAUGCCCACCACACCAUUAGCUACGGGGGCGGGAUCGGUCUGGGUGGCGCAGGAGGAGGCGGAUCUCAUGGCGGCGGUUCCACCAACCUCAGCGGAUGCAGUGGGGCUGGCCUGCAGGACUGCGAUGGCUACGACUUCACCAAGUGCGAGAAUGCAGCGCGGUGGCGUGGUCUGUUCACGCCCUCGCUGAAAAAAGUGCUUGAGCAAGUGCAUCCGCGCGUCACGGCCAAGGAGGACGCGCUGCUGUACGUGGAGAAGCUCUGCCUCCGGCUGCUUGCCAUGCUGUGCGCCAAGCCGCUGCCCCACUCCGUCCAGGAUGUGGAGGAGAAGGUGAACAAGUCCUUCCCGGCGCCCAUCGACCAGUGGGCCCUCAACGAUGCCAAGGAGGUAAUCAACUCGAAGAAACGCAAGUCUGUCCUGCCCACGGAGCGGGUGCACACGCUGCUGCAGAAAGACGUGCUGCAGUACAAGAUCGACAGCUCCGUGUCCGCCUUCCUGGUGGCCGUGCUCGAGUACAUCUCGGCGGACAUCCUCAAGAUGGCCGGCGACUAUGUGAUCAAGAUCGCCCACUGCGAGAUCACCAAGGAGGACAUCGAGGUGGUGAUGAACGCCGACCGCGUCCUCAUGGACAUGCUCAACCAGAGCGAGGCCCACAUCCUGCCCAGCCCCCUGUCGCUGCCCGCCCAGCGGGCGAGUGCCACCUACGAGGAGACGGUCAAGGAGCUGAUCCACGACGAAAAGCAGUACCAGCGCGACCUGCACAUGAUCAUACGCGUCUUCCGCGAGGAGUUGGUGAAGAUCGUGUCCGAUCCGCGCGAGCUGGAGCCCAUAUUCUCCAACAUCAUGGACAUCUACGAGGUCACAGUCACUCUGCUGGGCUCUCUCGAGGAUGUGAUCGAAAUGUCCCAGGAGCAGAGUGCCCCCUGUGUGGGCAGUUGCUUUGAGGAACUGGCCGAGGCCGAGGAGUUUGAUGUGUACAAGAAGUACGCUCACGACGUGACCUCGCAGGCCUCGCGCGAUGCCCUCAGCAAUCUCCUGUCCAAGCCAGAGGCAUCAUCACUGACCACCGCUGGCCAUGGGUUUCGCGAUGCCGUAAAGUACUAUCUGCCCAAGCUGCUUUUAGUGCCCAUUUGCCAUGCCUUCUUUUACUUCGACUACAUUAAGCAUCUCAAGGAUCUCAGCUCGUCGCAGGACGACAUCGAGAGCUUCGAACAGGUCCAGGGCCUGCUGCAUCCACUCCACUGCGAUCUCGAGAAGGUGAUGGCCGUGCUGUCCAAGGAGCGACUGGUCCCGGUCAGUGGACGAGUGCGCCGCCAGCUGGCCAUCGAGCGCACAAGGGAGCUCCAGAUGAAGGUGGAGCACUGGGAGGACAAGGACGUGGGUCAGAACUGCAAUGAAUUUAUUCGCGAGGAUUCGCUGAGCAAGCAGGGAUCUGGCAAACGAAUUUGGAGCGAGCGCAAGGUCUUUCUCUUCGACGGGCUGAUGGUGCUGUGCAAGGCGAACACCAAGAAGCAGACGCCGUCGGCGGGAGCGACGGCCUACGACUACCGGCUGAAGGAGAAGUUCUUCAUGCGACGCGUGGACAUCAUCGAUCGGCCGGACAGCGACGACCUGAAGAACAGCUUUGAGCUGGCCCCCAGGAUGCAGCCGGCCAUUGUGCUGACGGCGAAGAAUGCGCAGCACAAGCACGAUUGGAUGGCCGAUCUGGUGAUGGUGAACACCAAGUCGAUGCUGGACCGACAUUUGGACAGCAUACUGCAGGACAUCGAGCGCAAGCACCCGCUGCGCAUGCCCAGCCAGGAGAUUUACAAGUUUGCGGUGCCGGACAGCAGCGACAACAUCGUUCUGGAGGAGCGCGAAAGCGCCGGCGUGCCGAUGAUCAAGGGGGCCACGCUGUGCAAGCUGAUCGAGCGGCUCACCUAUCACAUCUACGCCGAUCCGACCUUCGUGCGCACCUUCCUCACCACAUAUCGCUACUUCUGCUCGCCCCAGCAACUGCUGCAGCUGCUGGUGGAGCGCUUCAACAUACCGGACCCUAGUUUGGUCUACCAGGACACAGGCGCAGCAGGACCGGGUGGCAUCGGCGGCGCGGGCGGUGACAAGGAGCACAAGAACACCCACCGCGAGGACUGGAAGCGGUAUCGCAAGGAGUAUGUGCAGCCAGUCCAGUUCCGAGUGCUCAAUGUGCUGCGCCACUGGGUCGAUCAUCAUUUCUACGACUUCGAAAAGGAUCCCAUGCUGCUGGAGAAGCUGCUCAACUUUCUGGGGCACGUGAAUGGCAAGUCGAUGCGCAAGUGGGUGGACUCGGUGCUUAAGAUUGUUCAAAGAAAGAAAGAACAGGAGAAAAGCAAUAAGAAGAUUGUGUACGCCUAUGGCCACGAUCCGCCGCCCAUUGAGCAUCAUCUAAGUGUACCCAACGACGAGAUUACGCUGCUCACCCUGCAUCCCCUGGAACUGGCCCGCCAGCUCACCCUCCUGGAGUUCGAGAUGUACAAGAACGUGAAGCCCUCGGAGCUGGUCGGCUCGCCCUGGACGAAGAAGGACAAGGAGGUGAAGAGCCCGAACCUAUUGAAAAUCAUGAAGCACACAACCAACGUGACCCGCUGGAUUGAGAAGUCCAUCACCGAGGCGGAGAACUACGAGGAGCGCCUGGCGAUCAUGCAGCGGGCCAUCGAAGUGAUGAUGGUGAUGCUGGAGCUGAACAAUUUCAAUGGCAUCCUCUCGAUUGUCGCGGCCAUGGGCACUGCAUCGGUCUAUCGCCUGCGUUUGACAUACCAUGGCUUGCCAGAACGCUACAGGAAGUUCCUAGAGGAGUGCAAAAAACUCAGCGAUGAUCAUCUGAAGAAGUAUCAGGAACGAUUGCGAUCCAUCAAUCCGCCUUGUGUGCCGUUUUUCGGUCGCUACCUGACGAACAUCCUCCACCUGGAGGAGGGCAAUCCAGAUCUGCUGGCCAACACGGAGCUAAUCAACUUCUCCAAGCGGCGGAAAGUGGCCGAGAUUAUUGGCGAGAUUCAACAGUAUCAGAACCAGCCGUACUGCCUCAACGAGGAGCCCACCAUUCGGCAGUUCAUCGAGCAACUGGACCCGUUCAACGGACUGUCCGACAAGCAGAUAUCCGACUAUCUCUACAACGAGAGCAUGCGCAUUGAGCCCAAGAACUGCAAGACGGUGCCCAAAUUCCCUCGCAAAUGGCCGCACAUUCCGCUCAAAUCGCCGGGCAUCAAGCAGCGUCGUCAGAAUCAGUCCAACAGCAGCAGCAAGUUGGCGAACAGCACCUCAUCGGCUGCAGCAGCAGCAUCCUCGACGGCUACCAAAAUAGCGGCAGCGCCAUCCGUGCAUCCGGCCAGCACAAUGGAGCCACCGGCAGCGUCUGGAACGUCUGGCUCACUAGCCGGCGAACAAAGUCCGCAGCACAAUCCGCACGCGUUCUCCGUCUUCGCGCCAGUCAUCAUACCCGAACGGAACACAAACAGCUGGAGCGGAACGCCACAGCACACUCGCACGGAUCAGAGUCAAAACAACGGGGAAGUCUCGGUGCCGGCGCCACUUCUUCCCAGGAAACCGGCUGCGCAUGUGUGGGCCAACAACGCUUCGCUGGCCAAUGCCUCGGCCCAGGAUGUCUUCAGUCCAGCGCUGCCGGAGCAUCUGCCGCCACAGUCCCUGCCGGACAGCAAUCCCUUUGCGUUGGCCAUGUCCGACCCCGAUGCCCCGCCCUCGCCGCUGCCCAAGCUAGUGGUCAGUCCGCGCCACGAGACCGGCAAUCGAUCACCAUUCCACGGGCGCCUGCCGUACAGCCCAACGCACAGCAUAGCCAGCACGGUGACCCUCACUGGAGUGGCUGGAGCCGGAAUGACCGGCGAGGAGGUCAGCCCGCAGACGGGCGGCUUCUACUUCAACAGCGCCCAUCAGGGACAGCCGGGCGCUGUGCCCAUAUCGCCGCAUGUCAACGUCCCGACCGCCUCCAAUCUGGAGUACCGCGCCGUUCCGCCUCCACUGCCGCCGCGACGCAAGGAGCGCACCGAGAGCUGUGCGGACAUGGCCCAGAAGCGACAGGCGCCUGACGCACCCACAUUACCACCGCGUGAUGGCGAACCCAGUCCGCCGCCCAUACCGCCACGGCUCAACCAUUCCAUGGGCAUGAGCUACUUGCGACACAGCCACGGCAAGUCGAAGGAGUUUGUGGGCAAAAGCAGCCUGCUCCUGCCGAACACCAGCAGUAUUAUGAUACGCCGCAACUCGGCGAUCGAGAAGCGGGCGGCGGCAGUUGGCCAGCAGUCGGAUCCGGCUGGGAUGGGGUCCAUGGGCACCACGCUGGUCACGGUCUCGCAGGCCAUUGCCAUGGACAGUGAACAACAGCAGCCGCCGCCAUCGAUCUCGCCCGCACUGAGCUCCUCGACGACCACAUCACCGCUGACACCCGCCACACCCAUGUCCCCCAACAUUCCCAGCCAUCCGGUGGAGAGCACGUCGAGCAGCUAUGCCCACCAGUUGCGAAUGCGGCAGGGCACCCCCAAACUUCCACCAAAACCUAGUCUAAGCGCUAACUUCUAUAACAAUCCAGAUAAAGGUACGAUGUUUCUUUACCCAAGUACAAACCAAGAAUAAUUUAAAUUGCCUGGCGAUGUGAUAGGACAAAAACUACGAGUAUGAUCCGUAUGAUUCAAAGUUGCAGAUAUAUAUAUAUAUAUGAACGGAACGUGAGAUAUAUACAUACAUACGUAGGCAGAGUUAUGUAUUCUAGUUGACAUACAUACAUAUGCGAUUAUGGACCGAGUUGAUCUGAUCUGAUCUGAUGAUUUUAUUAUUCGAAACUCAUUAAGCAAAACAAAACAAAACGAAACGGAACGAAAUAGUCUCAUUUACACAAGAAGCACAGCAUAUAAAUACACGCAAAGCAAAGCAAACCCAACAGCAACAACAACAACAACAAAGGCAAAAAAGAAAUUAUGUUAUUAUAUAAUUAUUAUUAUAAAUAUUUGUAAAUAUCGAGAACAUUGUAUUGAUCGUAGAACGUAAAACAAUAAAAUAUAACCCUAUUGUUAGACA